AUGACUGACGAACGCAAUGAUAACCUAUUUCUUGCCUCAGUUGCCUGGUUGGCAGUUGGCAGUUGGCAAGUAAUCAUUAAUCACCGUGCCAUAUCUGGAAGAUGUUUCAUUCACGUUCUUCAACAAACUGAUGAGUUCUUCUUGAGGCCGCCCUUUGUCGUCGGCAAAUAUUCAUUUCUUUUUUCUUUCUUUCUUUCUUUCUUUCUUUUCAGCAUUCAUUUCUUUUUUCCUUGCUUCUUUCUUUUCAGAUUCCAUUUCUUUUUCUUUCCUUCUUUCUUUCUUUCUAUUAAGCAUUUCUUUCUUUCUUUCUUUUCAGAUUACAUUUCUUUUACUCUCUUUCUUUCUUUCUUUCUUUCUUUCUUCAUAUUAACCAAUACCCAUAUACCCUUCUAUCUAUCUAUCUAUCUAUCUAUCUAUCUAUCUAUCUAUCUAUCUAUCUAUAUUCUCAUUAUCUAUCUAUCUAAGCUUGAUCAUCUAUCUAUCUAUCUAUCUAUCUAUCUAUCUAUCUAUCAAAUUAUUUAUUUUUACUAUCAAAUUAUUUUUUUAUCUAUCAAAUUAUUUUUUUUAUCUAUCUAUCUAUCUAUCUAUCUAUCUAUCUAUCUAUCUAUCUAUCUAUCUAUCUCAUUCUGUUCAUAUCUAUCUAUCUAUCUAUCUAUCAAAUCAUUUAUUUUUACUAUCAAAUUAGUUUUUUAUAUCUAUCAAAUUAUUUUUUUUAUCUAUCUAUCUAUCUAUCUAUCUAUCUAUCUAUCUAUCUAUCUUAUUCUGUUCAUAUCUAUCUAUCUAUCUAUCUAUCUAUCUAUCUAUCUAUCUAUCAAAUCAUUUAUUUUUACUAUCAAAUUAUUUUUUUUAUCUAUCAAAUUAUUUUUUAUCUAUCUAUCUAUCUAUCUAUCUAUAUCUAUCUAUCUAUCUAUCUAUCUAUCAAAUUAUUUAUUUUUUAUUUAUUUUAUUUAUUUAUUUAUUUUUUUAUAA